AUGCCAUCUACUUCUUCCGAUAUGUUUGAGCCAGCAUUGUGUUUGAGCACAAAUUUGACUGAUCUUGCAACUCAGCUUGAUACUACUGUGUUGUUGCCAUGGCUAACAGAAAUUGCUCAGGAUGAGAAUAUUAAAUUUUGCCUUAGUGACCAGGUUCAUGCAGUUCCUACCUAUACUGUUAUUGUGGACUCAAGUUUGGAGUUUACGGCUUAUGUCUAUAAUUGGCCAAUAGCCGAUAACCACAAGAUCUACAAUGAUCAUAAAUGCUCCAUUAAGAGUGUUGAAGAUGUUCGGGAACUUUUGUCAACAAUAGAGACAAGUAAGAUUUGUGAAGGUGUGGGUGAAGACUAUGAAUCCAGGUCUGCUGCUAUUGAUCCAAAUGCAGACAUCACAGCAUUUGGUCCUCAAACAGUUGUUCGCCAUUCGGUCCCCAAAAUGCCAACCCCAACACAAUUUGAGGCAACUGUGUUCUUUAUGUGUAUAGAAUGCCAAGUUAUUAUGGAGACUUCUGAUGAACUUUGCAAUCCCUGCUCUAAAGCAAGCAAACAGUUGAAGAAGAGAACUGAAAAGAGAACCAAAGCGUCCCCAGCCAAAAGUAAGGCACCCCUGGCUGCUUGUGGACCAGAAAAGUUACGGGCGACCGUCAAGGCAACAAGACUUGAAUGUAAAAUGCUAAAACAGCAGCUGCAGGAAGUGCAAGAAUGCAUUUAA